AUGGCAGGAGAGCAGCUCGCGCCGCGGCCGGGCGUGGGAUCAGGAAUGCUCGGCACUGGCGCGCGUGCGUCGCAUGUCGGGGUGGGCGGGGGCGCCGAGGAUUGGCAAACCGCCAUUGGGCGCGCUGUUUGGCCGAAUUUUGUCAAGGCCGCCAAUGGUUCAGCGCUCGCCGAAGCCGCGCUGGUCAUCGCCGUUUCAGGGCACUUGGCCAAGGGAGAGUCGGAUUUGCUGUUGUACAGCUUGCCGGCCAGUUCCCCGUCGCUGCAGGGGUUUGCGGCAGAUUCGGUCAGCGCGGACGACGCCAGAUUGUCUGCCGGAGAGUUGUCAGCCGUGGGCAGCGUGGAUCCUUUGCCAGGGUUGGCCAACAAUUACAUGACCAAUCCAGCUGAGAUGCCCACUGCGCGGCAGUUGGUCGAGGCUUGGCUGGCUGCCCGAGGGCUGCGGUGGCAGCCAGUGCAGUUCGCCUUGUCCAGCAUUCCCACCACCGUGCCGGGCGAGCAUCGGAUUGCGUUAAUGCGAAGGCUGUCAAACGGUGAGAUGACAACGCGCCGCAUGGCGCCCGCGUCAGUCCGUUUCCUGUUGGAUUCUCUGCUGGUGGCCCGUCAGCUCAGCUACAGCUGGCGAUGCACGUCGGCAGCGCUGAAGCCGGCUUACGAGCGCACGUUGGCCGCAUUGCGGCGGUUGCGUAAUCUCCGGUCCGUCGUUGAGGUGCGCACUGACCACGUGUACCGUGAGUUUAACUCAUCGGUGUGCAAUUUAGUCUUGGACAGAGUUGAAGCCAACGCGCCGCCAGACGCGGCAGGACGUCACGCGAGCGUGAACUGGACGCCGUUCAGACACUCCAGGUAUGUAUCCCAGGCUGAUUUCGAUUUUGGUGUUGCCACUUUCCUGAAUCUGGGGCUUCUGCCCGUCAUCAUGUUCAAUUUAGGCUGGCAGCUGGACAGAGCUCACUUCAUGUCAGAGUUCUGGCACGUGUCCAACUUCGCAGUGCUGGGCACCAUCCUCACAGUGACCUUUAUCGCCACGAUCAGCUAUUAUCUCGGGCAGGCUGGGCUGCACUCCAUCGAUUCCUGGAGGGCCAACGUCGCCUUUGCGUGCUUAAUUUCAGCGCUGGAUCCGAUGGCCACGAUCUCCACCUUCAACAAGCUUGGGUUGAAGGAGAGGCAGCCCUUGCUGCAUACCCUGGUUCUCGGGGAGGCCGCCAUCAACGACGCAGUGGCCAUUACCCUCUUCACCCUGACCACCAACGGCCACGAGCGGAGCGGUGACACCUGGAUGCCAUUGCUCAUCAUUACCCUCUUCGGGUCCAUCGCCCUGGGGUGCGCGCUCUCAUGCUUGUUGAUUUUCAUGAUGGGGUGCUUCAACAUGCACGGCCGCGAGAGGCCGCUGAUGUUGUGUUUUCUUGGCAGCGCAUUUCUGGUGUUCUCGAUCGCGGAGUCCUACUUGAUGUCCGGCAUCAUUGCGAACAUGGUCGCGGGCAUCGUCUUCAGGCGUUACGGAUCUCGGCUGCUCACCGAGCACGGCGAGUGUUCCACCACCGGCAUGUUCGCUCUCUUUGGCAGCCUCGCGGAGAGCCUCGUAUUUGCGCUGGUGGGUGCUAUCGCUUCCCUCCUGGCUGGCGCAGAAGGCCUCGUAUUCGGAGUGUGGGCGACCAUCCUCUGCUUCGCUGCUCGUGGACUAGCCGUCCCUGCGUGCGCCGCCGUAUCCAACAUAAGCAAGAGCAUAGCAGGUCAUUUUGAGGAGAGGAGUCCCCAAAAUGUGAUCACGUGGAAGCACCAACUGGCCAUGUGGAACAGCGGAUUGCGCGGUAGUGUGUCCUUGUUCCUGGCCCUGGAGCUGAACCCAGCGUGGUGUGGCACCUCUGGGAAGCUUGUUAUUGUCGAAGGUACGUUUUUGGUCAUCGUCGUGGUGUUGAUUCUGGAGGGGAUCAGCACCGAGUGGCUGCUCGGCUUCCUGGGCAUGGUGCACAACACACGGGAGGGCGGCGGCGCCGAGCUCCAGCAGCCGGCCGUGGUCGGCGGGGGUCAGUGGGGCACGCAGUGGACCACGCUGGUCGUGGACUUCUUUGAGCCCAUCGUGCUGGGCGAUAAGGACGAGCUUGAGGUGCGUGUCAAGAACGGGGCCCUGGAGGACUAG